ACUGAUCCCAGGGAGCAGAAGCAGUAGCGGCACGACGACGUUCGCGCGACGACAUGCUAGUAUUCGUGAUUCGGCGGUGCGGGGUGGGAGAGACGAUAUAAAACCGGCGUAAUUUCAAUGCUGUAUUUUAGUCUUUCAACAACACUUGUCGUGGAAACACCUUUGAAGAUUUGUACUGUUUUGCUCCCAUAUAUGUAUCCGCGUGUACGCCGCCACUAUCAAAAACAGUGAAAACAUUGAACACUUGAACCAGAGAUCAGACACCUCAACCUCGCGGUCUCCCCCUCUCCCAUGUGCUACGAUUCGUUGUUACGAAAAAUUCGAUCGAAUAUAGAAUAAUUUCGAGGAAAAGUUCAAUUUGCUCGAUUUCGGUUUUUUACCGUGAUGUUAUAACUGUUUGGGAAGAGGAAAGUCAAGGGAAAAGUGAAGCUAAUCUGUGUUGAAUGGAUGUUUUAUAAUUGGUGCGAGAAAGAGUUCGUUACUAUCAAGUGACGGUGAACAUUGGAAGCUGAUUUUGAUUGGCGAUACAAAUCGAGGAAGCAAGUGUGCAUGUUUGCAGAGAUUGGUACCCACUAGAGGGGGUUAAGCAGCUGAUUGGCAGAAAUAGUAAAAUCGAAGCGUUUGACCGUCCUUUGGAAUCCUGUUUUUCGGAAAGCUAGGUCCUUCAUGUGGAAUAAUUCUGAAAGUGGCAGUAGCUAAGUUUUCCGAAUAAUAACAGAGUGAAGAAUUGAAAAGAGAGAAGAAAUUGAACCAAAAUUAUCCUUCAAAAGUAACUAACUAAGAGAAAUCGACAUCACAUAAGUACUAGUGCGUUAAGUGAGUUAUAGACAAAAAGCGUAUUUGCUGGAGCUGACGAAACAUCGCGUUCGCAACAAUUUUGACUUGAAAGAGAGAAAACCAAAAGUCAACGAACGGAGCAGCUAAAAAACUUUUUUUGAGCCAUUUCACUCUAAUCAGCGAUAAUUCAAAACAAUUGUUCGUUGCAACAGUGCAUGCAAAGAAGAAACAGUGUACAGUAGGAGAAGUAUAUAGUGGAACUUAAAACUUGAAAGGAGGAAAAAACUGAGUCACUGAACCGAAUUGGCUUCUCCUUCUUCCGCUGAGCCACAUCGUCUUUUUCAUUCGGGUGGAACCCGUGCACGUGUGUGGUGCAGAAAAUAAACCAAGUGUAAUUGUGAAAGUACCCUAAGCCGAGUAUCACGGCGAACCACGCCGAAGACUUUGACGAAUGUAGAAAAGUGCGGAUCAAAAAGAAAAAGUCACACACUAGCAGCAGCAACAACAGAAACGAAAAACUACUUCGACUACUCCAUUGCAACAGGGAGCAGCACUAUUGGUGAAUGAAUUCAGCCAAGAGGAAAAAAUCAUUGGCGCAAAGAAAGCAGAAAGAGGAAAACGGAAAAAUAGCUUUUGAAGUCGUAGCGAAUUUAAUGCAUGGAAAACGUCUAUAACAGUAUUGGAGUAUUGUUUCGUGCGGAAGCGAAUUUGUAAAAAAAAAAGUUAACUCAUCCCAGUGAUAAUCGGCUGUGCAGAAAUAUUUAAUUUAUUUCAACGUUGUUAAUUUUAAAAAUCAUUUGAAACAGAACGGAGAACGGAACGGAAUUACUGCAGAAGUGAAUUAUACAUUUACUCCAAAAAUACAGAGAAGCCAUAUUAGAUAGCUAACUAUACGAUAUAGCAAUCGAAAAAAACUAGAGUACAUACGUAUUAGAGCUACAACGCAGCCCAACAAGGUGUUUGCUCGGGAAGAAUAGCUAACAAGCAAACAGAAACAUGUCUUCAGCAAAUACCCCGACUGGUGAAUCAGUCCAGCUGGUAACGCAACCACCAUCAGUUGCCAAUAAGACGGCGACGGAGGAGGGAAAGACGCCAGCAGCCAUGACUGCGGAGCCAACCAGUAUGGCAAACAGCAGUGGUAAUGCAAGAAUUGUUGAAAAGGUGGAAACCGCCACUAUGACUGAUAUGCUUCCUAUGGAAAAAGCAGAAAGUGAAAGUGUUGCGCAGACUGGUACGCCCGCCGAUGUUACGUGCACUGACGGUGGGGAGGUGAAGAAAUGUACCGAAAAAUCCGAUCAAGCCCAGUCAUCAGCUGAAGUUAAGUGCAUAGCACCGAUGGCGAUCGUUGAAAAGAGUGAGACAAUCAUAAAGGAAACUAUUCAAGAGGCACUCGAGGUCUUAGAACUGGACGAUACCGUUGAUGCGGAAGAACCCGACACACUUUCACCUCUGAUGACCGAUAACCACACGUUCUUACAGCAUCAGGAAUUAUUACGAGAAGAGCCUGCCUCACAGCACCACUAUCAUCAUCAUCAUCACCAUCAUGGGCACGACGAGAUCCACGAUUAUGAUCUGGAUGACGACGAAGAAGAGGAUGAUGAAUUGUACAUGGAAGAAAGUGAUCAUAUGAUUCCGGCGGCACCACAGGUCAAAAUGUCCCAUUCGGAAACAAAGGAUUCGAUAAGCUCUAUUGACAGCGAUGUUUCACUAUCGUUUGAUAGAAGAGACUCGACAGAGUCGCAGAAUCCACCAGAAGAUGUUGGAGCAGGUUCUUCGGAUGAUGCAGCCAAGGAUUCUGGCUGCGAUGUUUCCAAGAAACAGGACGAAAGUGUACCCAACGAGGAUGAGGCGUUCGAAAUACCCGACGACGAGAUGUGCGAGAAGAUCAUUGAACAGGUAGAGUUCUAUUUCUCCAAUGAUAACAUACUGAAGGAUGCCUUUCUUUUGAAACACGUCCGUCGCAACAAAGAAGGAUUCGUCAGUUUGAAGUUAGUUUCAAGCUUUAAACGCGUUCGCCAACUGACGAAAGAUUGGCGGGUCGUUGGUGAUGCCAUCAAGCGGAAGAGCGUCAAAAUUGAACUUAAUGAUUUGGGAACAAAAAUCCGAAGACUCGAACCACUGCCAGUCUAUGACGAAACAACACCAUCCCGCACGGUUGUCGCCACCGGAUUGCCAUACGAUAAAUACACGGUGGAGAAAGUUUCGGAACUGUUUUCAAGAUGUGGUGAAAUAUCAUUGAUCCGUAUCUUGCGCCCAGGUGGCCCUAUUCCAGCCGAUGUCCGUCAGUUUAUCAACAAACACAUCGAGCUUCAGCAGAACGAAUGUGCUCUGAUUGAGUUCACCGAAUCGUCGUCCGCUCGUCGAGCCCAGAACAUGGACGAGUUCAUUGUCCUAGAACUAGUCGCCCCUAAGAAGAAGACUGGCAAGAAGGCCAACGUAACCAAAUUCGUCGAAAACUACAAAUAUGUUGCCGGUCAGGAUAUCGAACGAAGCCGAGGCGGCGAAACGUUUGACCGUUUCAAAAUGCGUCGUGGAUCAGGAGGUUUUUAUCCAAAAUCGGAAAUGCAGCAAAUUUAUCAACAGAUGGUCGCACAACCACCACCACCAAUGCAUCAUGAGCAACCAUCAAUGCAACCCCAGAUGAUUCCGCUACAACCACAGCAACAAAUGCAGCAACAGCAGCCAAUGUUCAUGCCGCAAUCUCCCCAGCAGAGAAAGUAUUCGUACGGAAACGAAAACUUUGAUUAUUUCAAUCGCCGCCCAAGCGCAUUUUCCAUGGGCAGUAAUGAUCAAUCUCGAAAGUUUUCAAACUGCUCGGAUGGAUAUUCCAGUUGUGGUGAAAUGUCCAGACGAACCUCCCAGUGUUCGUCCAUGGGAGAAAGCAUGUCCAGGCGAACGUCCAACUGUUCCGAAGUGCCAUCACGAAGAUCAUCUAACUGCUCUGAUUUCUGCUCGUGUUCAAGACGGAUGUCUCAGUGUUCGGAUGUCUACCGCCGUAUAUCGCAGUGUUCGGAACACAGCAACCGAAAGUUCUCGGUGGGUUCUAACUUUGAGCGCAAAUAUACCAAUUCUCCGGAAAUGGGAAUGCCACCACAGCGUCGCAUUUCUAUGGAAUCCAGCUUCGAGCGGAAGUUUUCUAACGGAUCGAUGGGCUACGAAAGCCCUAACAUCUCGCCACGGAAGUACUCCAACGGAUUUGAUCCCCUGAGAAAGCUUUCCAGUAGUUCCGAAUACUAUAACGGACGUCGAAUUUCCACGGAUUCCGGCUACGAUCGUCGUAUCUCGAUUGAGUCGGAAUACUCGGCGGGUGGACCGCGAUCCCGAUCGAACAGCGCCGUGCAGAUCCACUGCCAGCAGCAUGGACAAAACACCGAAACCGUAGUGCGCACCCCCAUCGGACCGGACGGCAGCAGAGGAUUCGGUUCGCGAACUCGUCGCGUCGGCCAGAUUGUCCCACCGGCCCAGUAAUGAAAACGACGCAGAAAUAGGCGAUAGAUUGAUCCCGUCCUACGCUGCCAAGCACGCAAACGACGAAUGAGGUUCGGUUAGGUCUUAAUUUGCUUCUAAUUUAAGAUUUAUUCAUCCUUAAGUACUUUGCUUUUAUACAUACGAACAUAUAAGUAUGGGCGAUCGCGAAUGAAUGAAGAGCGCUCCCACGUGGAACCAGUGCACGCGACGGACGAACCAGCAGCGUGGUUCGAAACUUUCGCUACCGUCCCCAGGUUUUCUCACGCUCUUCGAGUACCCAACCACUGCAGCUCGGUUUUUUUUUCGUAGACCGGGCACUGACUGCAAUGGCAGUGCAUCGCGAUCGCGAUGUGAAAGAAUGAGGAAGAGCCAUGGCGGAGAGUGGCAUGCGAGCGCGCGGCGCGGUUGUGAAUAAUUGCGCAGAGUCAACAAUCGCAUAUUCCUAUGUAACGUUAACUAAUACACUCAUAACCUCAAGCCAGUCAUAGCUUCGGGUAUUGUGAGCAGUUGUCGUUGGCGUAGGUGGAAUGUGAUUCAAGGGGUAGAAGGUCACCUUUUUGUUCGGUCAUUUCGAGAGUAAUUAAGAAUAUAAUUUUGAUUUUCGAAGGGAAAGUUUAUGAAUAUUUGACUAGUAUUAAUCACAUAUGGUCAAUUUGUGAUGCGAUUAUGGUAGCAUUCAAAUUUCAAAGUUAGAAGUGAUGUUCGUGCAUCGAAUGGCCAUAUAUUCCCUUUAAUUAAGGACAAGCCUACCAGAAUCCAAAUUUAAAUCUACUCGCAUUUUCAUGUUCGUUUUAUUUCAGCUUCGCUGCGUCGCAGCAUGCGCGAAAAAAAUAAAAAUAACAGUUGUGCGUUGCUUCCGUAUAGAUCAACGCAAAUUGAACCCCUUUUAAAGAAAUUGACAUUUGAGCGGGUCGUAUAAUAUGCUCAAAAUUAACUUUUCUACGUGUGAAUGGUCCAAACGUCAAAAUCCAUUUGGUGAGUGAAUUUGAUAACUCUUGCACAGGUCAAUUGCGUGGAGUGCCCUUGCAAACGCUUGUUAAUUUAGUUUUGAAUCCAAAACAAAUUUCACUCGCAUUGUUAAUGGCACUUUACUCAAUACGGAAGCAACGCACAACUGUCAUUUUUAUUAUUCCAGCGUUGCUGCGUCGCAGCAUGCAUGAAAAUAAUAAAAAAAGAUAGUUGUGCGUGCCUUCCGUUUUAAGUCAGGUGCCCUUGAAAACGCGAGUGAAAUUUGUUUUGAAUUGCGGAAGGCUUGUCCUUAUUUCGCACCUUGAAAUGGUAUCAAUGAAAUUACUCGAUGAGUUCCUUCUAGAAAUCCGACCGAAAAUCAAACCCCUUUGAACUUUGCAACUACGCCAAUGCAAAUUAAGCCUGACCAGGUCUGCAGAUAAAAACGUGUUCUUGGUUUCAGCACAGGCUGUCUGUCUCUGAGUCGGCGCUAGUGCAAAAGCGAAAUAAGCGAGCAACGCAUGACGGAGAAGGCAGACAGCCUGGCGUGGCACGUGAGUUAUAAGCGCCCCAAGUCUCGAGAGCAAAGAGAAAGAGAACUGGUGACGACCUCCGCGACUCUGGGCUGCGGCUGCUGCUCCCGAUCUGCAGACUUGGCGAUGGCUUUGACUUUGACUGUUGGGCGCUACAGCGCACGGUGGUGUGUCGAUCGCGGUUAGACUUUUUUGUUUUUGUUUUAUUUCACACUGCGGCUUCGAGUGCCGAUCGUGUCUACCGAACCGUGAGAGUAGUGGCGGCGUGACGAGUGUUUUUGAUGAAUGGGCGUCGUUUCGCGGAGUUGUUCCACAAGAGGCGCGCGUAUGUGUGGUGUAUAGGCUGCUGCGAUCGUUGGCUUUGCAUCGCGGCGAGAUUUUUUCGCGUAUUUUGAACCACGACUCGAUCCAACGCACAAAGUAGACUAGGGGGGAGCGCUCGGGCAUUCUUGUGGUGAAUGUAACAAUGUUUGUGAGAGGUGAGGAGUAAACGAACACGGUUUGUCAUUAGUUUGUGACGAGAAUCUAGGAAGAUUUCUAUUUUUAUUUAGAAUAGGUCACUAUUUUUGUUAUGUUAUAUUUUUUUCAUCUUAGCUGUUACUCUAUUAUCAUCAACCUUGUAUCUCGUGACAAUGUUUAGUUAGUAACGUGAAAAUCUUUUGUAUUUAUUCAUAGACUUCGUAGUGUGCACAUUAUUAUUUGUUACAGUGCUAAACACACACAGGAUUAGCUUAUUAGGGUUUGGGAGAAUACAUAAAUGCAAUCAUUGGACUUAUGCAUGUGCUCUGAGGUUAGUUUCCCAGUGAAAUUGGACAAAAAAUGUAUAAUAAUAUAUAUCGUUGUUUGCUGCCAUCUAGUGAGUAUUUCUGUUAAAUUGUUCAUUACUUUCAUGAAUAAUAGAUAUUCGUUCAAAAUGAAUUUUAGAAAGUUUUGUGUUAAUUCGUUUUGAAAGUACUGAUCUGCCUUAUGACCUUGACCUGUUUUUCUUUACCUUCAGAAUGUUUAUAAAGAAAACGUAUUCACUUCACUAUUCAAGUCUUUUUUGUGUGUGGCAUUUAGCUUAUAACUUUUUCAAGAGUUGGUCUUUUAGAUGCGCUUUCACAGUUAUUAAUUUUGAAGUUUUGAUGCCAACGUAUGCAUGAAUUGGUAUAAUGAAAUUAUUUUAACAUUUCUUGCUUUAUGUAAAAUCACUUAUUCGAAACAACUACAACCUUGUAUUCGUAAGUGUAGUCUCAUGCAUAAAUGUUGAAAAGGCCGUGCUAUCUAAUAAUAGAACGGAUCUAUAAGUUCAAAAUUACUUGAAUGGUCUAUUAUUAAUCUUUAUUUGGAGCUACAAAGUUUUCUGUCCAAUAAUUCGAAUUUAAUGAUGACAGCUGAUGUUUCGCAUAAAACGUGUAUUUCAUACCACACCAAGUGAAUGAUCCUCAAUAACUUUAAUCCGAUAUACAGCUAUCAGUAUAUCAAUUAAUAAAUAACUGGCAGCCAUGCUGGGUUAGAUGUUUAAAAGGUAAAAUAAGCAAUUACAAGCCCAUAUCAAACUUGCUAUAAACCGUAUACGCGAGAAAGCCAGUAAAUUCAUUCCAAAGAAAAUUCGGAAAGCAAUCCGUGCAUCAGGCCGUGUCGCACCAAUUUACCAAUCAUUUUUUUUUACUUUUGCCUGAAAUUCGUUAGAGUUUCAUUUCCAGCUGAUCGCAUUUCCCGACUAAAACAGCUGGUAAAGAAACCCGCCUUGCAUCCAUCUCUUAAUCCGUCCAUAACCGAAAGCGAUCGCUUAAAUCAUAGCCUUUCCAACAGGCGAAAUAAUUGAACGCUAUAACUUUAAAAUGUGCUUUCCGAAUGUGCCAAGUGCAGCCAACCGUCGAGAAAGUCUUGGAUUUCUACCUUCCAUCACCGCCGUCUUGUUGACGCCCGCUGGUUGCUGUGUGCCCGUCGGUUUAGGACGGAACCGCGUGAAAGCAUCAAGUUCCUCGCGCGAUCAACCGUUGCGAACGAAGAGCCACGCCACACCGCAAUGGACGGUCUUCAUAAAACUUAAUGAACGUGAAGCGGUGCGCAUUAGGGUGAGCAAACGAAUUUGUACCACCUGGUGGAAGUGUUUGAAUUUCUUUAGACUUUCUCAUAAACACUGAAAACGGGGAAGUAUUUGAAUAGAAUAUUUUCCAUCAUUUGUAUGGAGCGUAUUUAUUUGUAAAUGGUGAUAAAACUUUUGCCAAAAAACGCAAUUAUUAUUUUUCCCAAGAAUUUAAAAAACGCAAACAAAGUUGGUUACCCUACGAGGCACAACUGAUUGGCAGCAAACGGUAGCAGUUCAACAACAGCAACAACAACAAUAGUUGAAAUGAUUUUUCCAUAAUAUUCAAACACUUCCACGUUGCGAUCAGUUCAUGCACCGAGAGAUAGGACUUGGGGAAGCAUCGAUCGAGCACCAGUGAGAAUUGCUGUGGCAGGGCGGUUUACUAAACAAAGCUGCUAAAUGGGUGUCCGCAUGCACACUGCAACGAAUCGGAAUCAUUACCGGGUUCGUGGCAGGUUGAGGUGCGAUUGCACGCGAGGGCGCCUGUCUGUCUGGCUUGGAUUCAGUAAUGUGGAGAAUGUAGAUUAAUACAUUGAACUCUGGCUCAUUAUUCUUUGAUAGGAGUAAAUAAUCUCAUGGAAUAUUGUCAUACUACGAAUUAAAAAUAAUUCAAUGAGGUUCACUCAACGACCAGUUUAUAGAACCGCCUUCCCAUUUUAACUCUUUAUAGAGUUAGAGUUAGAGAGAUUAGAAAAGUGAACUUACUCUCAAUUGAUGUUCUGUAUCUAUGGAUAUCCAAAAUUCAACUUUUCUAACUUGAUAUCCUUCAUUACUCGAAGGUCUUUUUGAAUAUCCAGUCUCAUCAAUCGCCAGCAAGGGUGAAUUUAAAUUCAACUAAAUGCAGAAACUGAUGACUUUGUUUAAUGCAUCUUUUACUUAUUAAAUAAAACUUUGACAUUUAUUUUACGUACAAUCGUACACAUUUCAAAGUAAAUUUUAAAAUAUUUGUCAUAAUCUGAUUUCGCAGCUUAGACUACUAUUUUGAAUGAAUAGAAGGUUUGUAUACUUUUAUCAAUCUUAAAAAUUGCCAAUUGGAAAUAUGAUUAGAUAUCUACCAAAGACCUUGACCCAGUUGCUAUGUUUGGUCAACUAAAAUGCUUCAAUUAAGAUUGUACAUUUAGAAAACUCUUCUUAUGUAAUAUAACAGUUAAACUUUAGUAUAAUAUAUUACUAAAGCAAGUAUCAUUCGACAUGGUGGUGUAUGAUAUAUAUAAAAACUUUAAACACGACAGUAAUUCGCAAAUUCUAUUCGUCUCUGUUAUCCACCAUUUGUCAUGCCUGCCCAUUUGUUAUUGUUAUCGUUUAUUUAGGGGAGAUAAUGACUAAACUAAAACUAAAAUCGAGCUCGAUGCCGUUCAGUAAUCCUUAUGGCAGCAACAAACGCAAACUAUUCGAUUUAAAUCUCAACCUGGAAGUUCGCAUAACUCCACUGAUUGCGCACCGCAGCAAGUGCAACAGCAGCACGACAUACCAACCUGCCUGCCGGUAGUUUGAACCUAAGACCGAGAUAAACGAGAUACACGGAGCAAAACUAUAUCGUGUCGUGCACAGUAAACACAAAAAUGAACAUUUUAAAUGCGCCAGAUCAGCGUAUACUAAGCGACUAGCAGUAGCUAUAUUGUAAGUGUAAGCCUAGGCAGCAAAUGAUACCAACCACACAAAAUCGCGAUUAGCACCUUAUUUUCGAACAAUAAUUUACAUUAAUUGAUUGAACCGCGCGUCCCUACCCGCAUGUUUAGAAAAUAGGCAAAUUCUGCAGAUACAGUCUCGAUGAGCGGCUUGAAUUGGAACUUUAAAAAGUGGCUGCAAUGACAGUUAGUUUACGAAUAAUAUUUAUCCUUUAAACAUACGCAAGCAAUAAGUUUUUGUAAAUAGUACUUAAGGACCUAUAGGACAUAAUAAAAUAAACUAAACAAAAAAGCUGGGAUGAAUGCAAAACGUUAAUCAAUAAACACAGAAAAUCGAAGCUAGGCAUAGGACUGUUUGAUAGAAAGCAAAGCUACGUUGCAAUAAUUAUAUUAAUUAUUACGAAAUCGACAAACCUUUUUCGAGAUGAGAUCACGAAGCAAAAAAUAGAAAACGAAUGGAAGAUCGUGCAAAACAAUCGCCAACUUAAUAACUGAGCGCAUAUGUUAAGGAAUUAGACUGUUCAAGAAACGUGCAGGAAAAAAAAGUAGAAAUUGAGUUUAAAAAAACCGGCGUUGUCGUACUGACUUUAAAUAACACUCGGAACACCUCGUCCCAUAUCAGCCCCGUUAAUGAGCAAUCAAACAAUAGCUGGUCUGAUAUACGAUAAUAGGCGGUACCCGAGUGAACCAAAGCGAGACGAUGGAACGCAAAUCCAAGAACUGUGAAUUGAGAUAAUAAUGGAAGUUAGUUGUUAGCCCCAAAACCGUACUACUAUUUUUUAUACAUGUAUAUUUUACCCCGUAACUUAUCGGUCUGUGUUGUGAUGUAGGAGAACUAAUAUGAACGAUCGAAACCAACAUGUAUGUAGCAUAAAUAGAUUUAGCUAUUAAAAAUGAGCUAUUAUUUCUAGUUUUAAAGAAA